AUGCCACGCAUUCUGUGGCUGCUGCCCACGCUCGUGGUUCUGAUCCAGGCGACCCCCCCGUUCCCAUUCGGGGGUGGGGUCAGUCAGGUCUACGAAACAACCGAUACUCUCCCGCUGCCCAACUUGGGCAAUAUUGUUGCACACGAUCCCAACAUAGUUCAGUCCAAUGGCUACUACUAUCUCUUCAAGGGUGAUCCACAUAUCCCCUUUUUCAAGGCUGCCAAUAUGAGCGGACCGUGGGAGCUGGUUGGCCAUGUCUUCAACCAAGCCAGCAUUAUCCAGCACAAGGGGAGCCGCAAACGACCCUGGGCUCCGACGACCAUCGAGCACAAUGGCACGUUUUACUGCUAUUACACGCUCAGCACACAUGGCUCUCGCGACAGCGCCAUUGGCGUCGCCACGACGACUACCCUGGACGGCAGUGCGUGGACAGACCACGGCGCAGUGAUUGAGACAGACGGGGGCAAGGACUCGCUCGUUUACCCGUUCAACAUCACCAAUGCCAUCGACCCAUCUUUCAUCACCGAUCAAACGACCGGCGAAUCCUACCUGAAUUGGGGUAGCUUCUGGAACGAUAUCUGGCAGUUGCCGCUCUCAGCAGAUUUAUUAUCGGUCAAGAAUCGUACGGACCCAGACGCCGUGCAGCUGAGUUUUAUCCCGCACAAAAAGUCAAAGCCCGAGGAGGGGUCGUGGAUGAGCUACCACGACCCAUAUUACUACGUUACAGCAUCCGGGUUGGCCGGUCGCGAAACGUGCGAGGGCCCCUUCGUGGACAAGGACAAUAACCUCCUCCUUGAUGGUGGGGGCACGAUUGUCUAUGCCUCGAACCAUGGCAAGGUCUAUGCCCCCGGCGGAGUGGGCGUUGUGUCGGGCAUGAAUGCCUCCACGUCCGAUAUUCUUUAUUUUCAUUACCUGAACACCUCAAUUGGCUUUACAGAUGAGGUAUGCAUGCCAGAAACCUGGAACCGGAUGGGUGGGGAACUAACAACGUUUCCAGGAUGCCCAUAUGGGCUGGCUCUAUCUCAAUUAUACCGACGGCUGGCCGGUCGCAGUCCAAACGGAAGACAGCAGCAACGCGAGGUCGUUGCACUGCCUACCUCGUUGGUCCUAUUGGACGAUGUUGAUGAGUAUGUGGAGUCCGCAAGAGGAUUUGAAAUGUGGAGUUGCUAA